GAUGCACUGCACACAGCGACCGACCCAGACGCGACAAGAAGUCUUUGUGUCUCCCAAAAGAAGUUAGAAACACCUCGGAACAAAACCAAACAGGAUUCUGGACAAGGGAAGAAUACAACUUACAGUUUAAUCUAGAGAAAGAAAAAAAUCAAUCAUGAAGCCUAUAGACAAAGCCACAGCAAACAACUGGAUGCUGGACAACCCCCUCCACUCCUCAGCUGAGAAGUGCUCCUGCCACCCUAACCUCAAGAUGUUUCUGGCUGCCCUGUCUUUUGCCUAUUUUGCCAAAGCGUUGUCAGGCAGCUACAUGAAGAGCACCAUCACACAGCUGGAGCGCCGCUUUGACAUCCCAAGUUAUCUGAUCGGCAUCAUUGAUGGAAGUUUCGAAAUUGGAAAUCUAUUGGUGAUCGCCUUUGUGAGCUAUUUCGGGGCCAAACUGCACCGACCCAAGAUCAUUGCGCUGGGCUGUGUCCUCAUGUCCUUUGGGACCUUCCUGAUUGCUAUGCCUCAUUUUUUAAUUGGCAGCUACAAGAUCCACACCGCAGUCAGACCCUCCCUGAAUUCAUCCAAUGUACUAACCCCAUGUUCUCCUGGCCCACCUGAGUCGGCCAUGACAGGUUGUGAGCGUGAAUCCAGUGUGUCCAUGUGGAUCUAUGUGUUUUUGGGAAAUGUCCUUCGUGGAAUUGGAGAGACCCCGGUUCAGCCUUUAGGAAUAUCUUACAUAGAUGACUACGCUCGGUCUGAGAAUGCUGCUUUCUAUAUUGGUUGUGUCCAAACCAUAGCUGUGAUUGGCCCUGUGUUUGGAUACCUUCUUGGUUCAUUAUGUGCCAAAAUUUAUGUGGAUGUUGGUAAUGUUGACAUGGAAACGGUGACUAUUACCCCUGGAGAUGCCCGCUGGGUUGGGGCAUGGUGGCUCGGGUACAUCAUUACCGGUGUGGUUACCCUCAUGUCCGCUGUACCCUUCUGGUUCUUACCCAAGUCCCUGCCCAUCCCUCUGGAGAAACUGGACUCGAGCAGCAGUCCAGAGCAGGCGCGCUUCAUCAAGGACUCCCCGCGGAUGCAACACAAGUUCAAACAGGAGGAGCCGGCCGACCUGCACCAGAUGGCCAAAGAUUUCAUCCCCACUUUAAAAAGUCUGCUUGGAAACCCCAUCUACAUCCUUUAUCUCGGUGUGACCAUAAUCCAAUUCAAUUCUCUGAUUGGAAUGGUCACGUACAAGCCCAAAUACAUCGAGCAGCACUACGGUCUGUCGGCAUCCAAGGCCAAUUUCCUCAUGGGCAUCAUCAACAUCCCAGCUGUGGCCCUGGGGAUGUUCUCUGGAGGGCUCCUCAUGAGGAACUGUAAGCUGGGCAUUAUGGGAGCAGCCAAGUUUGCCUUUGGGACCUCCCUGCUGGGCUACUUCCUGUCACUGUUCUUCUUUGCCAUGGGCUGUGAGAACGCGAAGGUGGCAGGUGUCACGGUUUCCUACACUGGUGCAGAAAGUGUGUCCUUCCAGGAUCACUCGCUCUUCUCCGAGUGUAACUUGGGCUGCUCAUGUUCACGGAGAGAGUGGGACCCGGUCUGUGGCAGAAAUGGAGUCACUUAUGUUUCUCCAUGUUUGGCCGGAUGCACCACCACCUCAGGCUCGGGCAAAAACACAGUGUUUGAGAACUGCAGAUGUCUUGCUGUACCAGAUGCCCUCCCGGUGAACCUCACAGCCUCUCUCGGUCAGUGUCCGCGAGGAGACAGCUGUGAGCACGUUUUUCCGUACUUCCUGGCUUUGUCGGUGCUGAGCUCUUUUGUCAUAUCUCUCGGGGGGACGCCAGGAUUCAUGCUGCUCGUCAGAUGCAUCAAACCUGAACUAAAAUCGCUUGCACUUGGAAUCCACACACUGGCCACUCGAACACUGGCCGGAAUACCUGCUCCUAUUUAUUUUGGAGCCAUCAUUGACUCGACGUGUCUCAAAUGGGGAUACAAGACGUGCGGAGGGAGAGGAGCAUGCCGGAUUUACAACACUUCUGCGUACAGGAUAGUGUACCUCGGUCUGACGUUGGGCUUACGGACUGUGUCUUUCUUCUUGUGCAUUUUGGGAUUUGUCAUUCUCAAAAGACAUAUUAAAAUGGAAGAGAAAAGUGCACUGGCCAAUGGGAACGCAGAACAGGAGACUCUUAAGAAAGACGAGAACAGCUCCGGCCAGUGUGAGCAGUUUAUCUUGGCCUUGAACUGUAACUCCGACAGAGAAACGCGAUUGUGACUAAAUGUUGCACAAAAACCUCCUCUCAGCUACGCAAAACAUCUCAAAUCUGUAAAGGAACAACGCACACUUUUGCUCAAGCACAGGCUAUAUAUUUGUACAGAGGUUUCAAAUUUUCACAACCAAGAUUUUUCAAAAUGCGCCGCGGCAAGAAUGUAAUGUGUUUGUAGAUUCAUGUGACAU